AGGACACUGUGAGCCCCAGGAGGGCAGGCGCUGAUCUGUGGGCUCCCUGCUAUAUCCAAGGCACCCAGCUCUGUGUCCACACAGAGGGUGUGUAAGUUACAGCUAGACAAUAUGAUACGAUAUCAAUCAGAGCAACUGCAAUACCAGUCACAGAAAUCCCAGUGUCAAGAGCUCCUUCUGGGGUUCCCCGCUUUGCUUUAAGUGAGCGUGCUGUGAGUACGUCCCAGCUCCUGUCCCCUGCAGCACCGCUGUUGUGAAGUCGAAGUGAGUUAACACCAUGCUCAGAGCAGGGCCUGGAAAGAGGACUUGCUCAUCUGAUUGGGUGGUUUCCGUGUCAAGCCCAGGCACAGCACAGGCCGACAGCUGGGGCCCAGAGCCCCUUUUGCCAGGCACAGACUGCAGGCACAGAGAGGAAGCUGGAGUCCCAAGGCUGCCUCCGGGCGGGGCUGUGGUUCAGCAGAAGGCACAAAUAUUUACCUUGGAGACCUCGGCCUGGUCUGAGGCCUCUGCCUAAAGACAAAGCCUGUGCUGGGGUGUGCAGGAUAUAAGGUUGGACUUCCAGACCCACUGCCCAGGAGAGGAGAGGAGCGGGCCGAGGACUCCACCGUGCCCAGGUCUGGCAUCCUGCACUUGCUGCUCUCUGACACCUGGGAAGAUGGCCGGCCCGUGGACCUUCACCCUUCUCUGUGGUUUGCUGGCAGCCGCCUUGAUCCAAGCCACCCUCAGUCCCACUGCAGUUCUCAUCCUCGGCCCAAAAGUCAUCAAAGAAAAGCUGACACAGGAGCUGAAGGACCACAACGCCACCAGCAUCCUGCAGCAGCUGCCGCUGCUCAGUGCCAUGCGGGAAAAGCCAGCCGGAGGCAUCCCUGUGCUGGGCAGCCUGGUGAACACCGUCCUGAAGCACAUCAUCUGGCUGAAGGUCAUCACAGCUAACAUCCUCCAGCUGCAGGUGAAGCCCUCGGCCAAUGACCAGGAGCUGCUAGUCAAGAUCCCCCUGGACAUGGUGGCCGGAUUCAACACGCCCUUGGUCAAGACCAUCGUGGAGUUCCACAUGACGACUGAGGCCCAAGCCAUCGUCCGCAUGGACACCAGUGCAAGUGGCCCCACUCGCCUGGUCCUCAGUGACUGUGCCACCAGCCAUGGGAGCCUGCGCAUCCAACUGCUGCAUAAGCUCUCCUUCCUGGUGAACGCCUUAGCUAAGCAGGUCAUGAACCUGCUAGUGCCAUCCCUGCCCAAUCUAGUGAAAAACCAGCUGUGUCCUGUGAUCGAGGCUUCCUUCAAUGGCAUGUAUGCAGACCUCCUGCAGCUGGUGAAGGUGCCCAUUUCCCUCAGCAUUGACCGUCUGGAGUUUGACCUUCUGUAUCCUGCCAUCAAGGGUGACACCAUUCAGCUCUACCUGGGGGCCAAGUUGUUGGACUCACAGGGAAAGGUGACCAAGUGGUUCAAUAACUCUGCAGCUUCCCUGACAAUGCCCACCCUGGACAACAUCCCGUUCAGCCUCAUCGUGAGUCAGGACGUGGUGAAAGCUGCAGUGGCUGCUGCGCUCCCUCCAGAAGAAUUCAUGGUCCUGUUGGACUCUGUGCUUCCUGAGAUUGCCCAUCGGCUGAAGUCAAGCAUCGGGCUGAUCAAUGAAAAGGCUGCAGAUAAGCUGGGGUCUACCCAGAUCGUGAAGAUCCUAACUCAGGACACUCCCGAGUUUUUUAUAGACCAAGGCCGUGCCAAGGUGGCCCAACUGAUCGUGCUGGAAGUGUUUCCCUCCAGUGAAGCCCUCCGCCCUUUGUUCACCCUGGGCAUCGAAGCCAGCUCGGAAGCUCAGUUUUACACCAAAGGUGACCAACUUAUACUCAACUUGAAUAACAUCAGCUCUGAUCGGAUCCAGCUGAUGAACUCUGGGAUUGGCUGGUUCCAACCUGAUGUUCUGAAAAACAUCAUCACUGAGAUCAUCCACUCCAUCCUGCUGCCGAACCAGAAUGGCAAAUUAAGAUCUGGGGUCCCAGUGUCAUUGGUGAAGGCCUUGGGAUUCGAGGCAGCUGAGUCCUCACUGACCAAGGGUCUUCUAUACGCAAGCCAUGCUUCUGAGUGCUCGAGGCCACCGAAAUGAACAAAUGGAAAACACUCCCAUCUUUUUCAAGCCUACCUUUUAGCAGAAGAGGCAGAUACACAAGCCCUAAAGAUGUAACAUCAGGCUGAGUGGAGGAAGGCUGAGGAGAAAAAUAAAGCAGGCUCAGGAGGAGAGAGUGAUGUCAGGGAAGGGGGUGCUCUUUCAGAUGGGGUGGUCAGGGAGGGCCUCUCUGAGGAGGUAACAUUUGAGCCAAUGCCUGAGGAGGUGAGGGGUGAGCCCUGUGGGUAGCUGGGAGAAGUGUCCUGUCAGAGGGACAGGGUAUUAGGCCGUUCUCACACUGCUAUAAAGAAAUACCUGAGGCUGGGCUCAGUGGCUUGUGCCUAUAAUCCCAGCACUUUGGGAGGCCAAGGUGGGCAGAUCACCUGAGGUCAAGAGUUCGAGACCAGCCUGGCCAACAUGCAAAACCCAGUCUCUACUAAAAAUACAAAAAUUAGCUGGGCGUGAUGGCGGGUACCUGUAAUCCCAGCUACUCGGAAGGCUGAGGCAGAAGAAUUGCUUGAACCCAGGAGGCGGAGGUUGCAGUGACCUGAGAUCACGCCAUUGCACUCCAGCCUGGGCAACAAGAGUGAAAUCCAUCCCCCCACAAAAAAAAAAAAAAGGAAAGAAAAUAAAUACCUGAGACUGGGUAAUUCAUGAAGAAAAGAGGUUUAAUUGGCUUGUGGUUCUGCAGGCUGUACAGGAAACAUGAUGCUGGCAUCUGCUCAGCUUCUGGGGAGGCUUCAGGAAACUUCCAAUCAUGGCGGAAGGCAAAGGGGAAGACUGCACAUCACAUGGCCCAAGCAGGAGCAAGGGGUGGGAGGUGCUACACACUUUUAAACAACCAGAUCUCACAAGAACACACUCACCAUCACGAGAACAGCACCAAGGGGAUGGCGCUAAACCAUUCACAAGAAACCAGCCCCAUGAUCCAAUCAGCUUAGACCCCACCUCCAACAUCGGGUUCUACAUGAGAUUUGGGCAGGGACACAGAUCUAAACCAUAUCAGAUGUCAAGUGCAAAGGCCCUGAGGCAGGGAUUGUUGGUGUUCCAGGAAAGAUGAGGAAGGAGGCCCAGGAUCUGAGGCAACAUCCAAGGCAGGUAACCUCAUAGGCCUGAGAAGCAUGCAUGCACACACACAUAUACACACACACACGCGCACCUUUAUACACCUAUACACAUACAUACACACGCACAUACACACACACAUACACCUUUAUACACAUACAUACACACACACCUUUAUACACCUAUACACAUACACACGCACAUACACACACACAUACACCUUUAUACACAUACAUACACACACACCUUUAUACACCUAUACACAUACAUACACACACACAUAUAUAUUGCACACGUACACACCACACACAUACACACUACACACACACAUAAUACACACACCACACACAUACACACUACACACACACAAUACACACACCACACACAUACACACUACACACACACCACACACAUACACACACAUACACAGAGACGCACACAUACACAUAUACACACAUACACACACUACACAUGCACAUACACAUACACACACACACACACACCAUGUGGCCAGAUGGUCUCAGCUCAAGGCCAGGAUCAUGUCCAUCUUGUCCAUGCCUCUGUCCCCGGUGCUCAGCAUGGCCUGGCACACAGUAGGUGUUCAAUAAAUGCUUGGUGAGCAAAUGACUCUCCGUGGCAUCUGCUGGGGAGAGGAUCUAUGGCAGUGUCACCCUCGCUCCCAAAUACUACCCUUAAGAAGAACAGCUCGCAGUCACUGUGUGCCAGGCUCUGGGGCAUCUCUCCCCCUCUAGAGUGGAGCCAAAACUCCAAGAAGGCAGGGGUUUCUGUCUGCUUUGUUCUCUGUUGUGAUCAGUGGCUGCACACAGUAGGUGUUUAGUAAAUGCCUGCUAACUGAGAUGGACACCUUACUGUCAUUAGCUCAUGCAGAGGAGGGGCCCAAAGCAGGGGGUGAUCAAGGCGGGUGCUAAGUGCAAAUCCCACUUCUGCCACCUACUGAGUGCGUGACUUUGGAAAGGGGCUUUUGCCAUCUUCAAGUCUCAGUGUCCCCAUCUGCAAAAUGGAGAUGACAUCAGGACCUGGUGUGGCAUUAAUGUUCACACACAGACCCUCCACCCCGACCCUUCUAAGAAUUCUGUAUUUGUGGGUUCAGGGUCAUGGUCCCCCAGUGCCAGCAGUCACCUUAUGGAGGACAAAACCAGCAUAAACCACAAGGCAAAAGGUUAAAGAAACCUGUUUUCUGACUUUUCCCCUCCAAUUCCAGGAUGCCCUUGUGCUUACUCCAGCCUCCUUGUGGAAACCCACCUCUCCUGUCUCCCAGUGAAGACUUGGAUGGCAGCCAUCAGGGAAGGCUGGGUCCCAGCUGGGAGUAUGGGUGUGAGCUCCAUAGACCAUCCCUCUCUGCAAUCAAUAAACACUUGCCGGUGUUGCCUGC